AUGAUGACAGCGGCACGAGCAGCGACGUUCCGGAUGUCUUCUCAGAUGGCGCUGCAAGCCAGCAGCGAUGACGAUUCUGAUGAUUCUGACGAUGAUUCGAUCUUAGACGACGACGAGGAAGGACAGGAGCUUUCCGCAUUGCACUACCUUAAAGAGGCUGAAUUUCUCGAUGUCUCGCAGCUCCGACAAAAACGUUAUAGUCCGAAGACCCAUGCUAGUUUAGACGAUACGCGGGAUUACUGGGACCGGUUCUGCUAUGAAGGAAAACACGAUCCUGUCGAACGUUUUGGCUGGCUCUCUGAUUCCGAGGAGACAAUCCGAUUCCUCAAGGCCUUCUUCUCCUGGCGAUGCGGGCGGCGACGAAGCAAAAAGGGUCGUCGGACACCAGGAAUAAAAUAUAAAACCUCGCUAGAGACGUUCUGGAAGUGGUGGCAUCUGGUUUACAAGGCGGAGGUAGGGCAGGGCCUUAGCAAAGACACUACUGUCAAAAUCCUGGAUGUAUUGGCUUUGGUUGCUAAGGAGAAAAACCUUCUUCCUGGGCGGCGACCAAAAGCGACCAUGUAUAUCGAAGACGUGGCAGAGUUCGCUCGCGUGCUUCUGACAACGACAGAGAUGACGUUUCAGUGUGGGUGGCUUCGAAUACAACUCAUUCUUUUCUGCCAGCUGGCCGCCAUCACUGGUAGCCGCCCAGGAGCGCUUCUGGACCUACGCUAUCGGAACCUUGUGCUCACUCUUGUCCGCAACCCGGAAGGAGGACGUCCUCUGUUAUUCAUUUACUUGACCCCGGAGUUUACCAAGACUUUCCUGGGUGAGAAGGAACAGAAUACUUUUCCCAUUCCUGAGAUCGUCUUUGACCCGACCUUGGUCCUCAGCCCCCACGUGUUUCUUCUAGGGAUGCUGUUUCGCAUUAAGGCGUUCAAGAACUUCUCCACAGACGGGCUAGUGGUAGACUGUCCCGAAAAUCUGUAUAAACUCGGCGUCUUAGAUGGACUGGGACAACAAGAACUGAAAUUGAAGGAUGAAAUUCUCGAUCAGUUUGUGUUCUGCCAGGCCGUGCGCGAGGCGGAUGGGAUUCGAAUCGCCUUGGAAGAGCAACUUACGGAAGGAGCCCUUCGAUAUCGAAUGAAGCGAGGAGGCGAAAUUACAGGUUUCGAGCAGGUCACAAAGCCGUACUGUCUCCGUUACGGUGCAGCGAAAGCAUUCAAUGACAGCCCGGACGUUACCAACGAGCUCCAAAACGUGAUGUUGCAGCAUGCUAGCAUCAACACUUUCGUCAAACACUAUAGCGUGGGUAUCCACGUUGACGCUCAGGCGAUUGUUCGGGGGCUGCCGGCCCAGAAACAGCCGAUGCGGUUUGCAGCGUCCAUGAGCCGGUCAAUUGACCCCCGUCGACCUUACAAAUUAGAGGACACUAGCGUUGUCAACAAGGUCGAAAUUGUCGCCCUAUUGCAAAAGCGAGUAGAGGAAAGAAAAGAAGUCCGGGACGAGAUGAAGCGGGCUUUUGAGAUGGCGGAACGGGACUUCAAGCAAAAAUUCGGCGAUUACCUACAGCAAAAGAAAGUGAGACCGAAGUUGCAAGACCCCGCUCGUCGGGCGCUCGACGCUGUAGAGCGGUGGGAGAGAAAGUACCUGCGCGCGACCCAAAGGCAUAGCCGGGCACAGCGGGUGGCUCGGAAUGAGUGGCAACGACAACGUAACCGCUUGGUGCGUGAGAACCUGGAACGAUAUAAGAACGAGCAGCCGGUGAUUGACAGUGAGAGGCAACUCGCCGGAAAGGUGGUGGAUGAAGAGGUGAUGGGUGCUCUGGAGCGGACAGGAUAUAUGACCCCUCAGCAUAUGACAUUGAUCGACACCCUCUUGACCAUGCCAGGCUCGACUGUCGAAAAGGAGUAUCAACGUCGGAUUGCUGCAAUCAAUGCGAUUAUCGCUUUCUGUGACGUGGAAGAGGGUUCACCCACAAAGCGACCGAAAAUUACCCAGAAACGUCGCGCCACGGACGACUUACCUUCUACUCCCCCUGCGAAAAAGCAAGAAUGCACUACACCUGGGGAAGAGAUGACCACUCUUUCUCACGCUAUUGCGUCAGUCUGCAUUAAAGCUCCAAAUGAGCGGCCGACGAUUUGUUUCCUUUGCCUGGGGAAUCCUCGUUUGCCGGAACGUGAGCGAGUCAAAAGCUUUGGUACCCCUGGAUCUCUCGGCCGUCACUUUGUUGACAAACACGUCAUAAAAUAUCCGAAAGACAUGCGGGUCAAAUGCAGCAUCUGCAAGGAAGAGUUAGAGAAUAAAUCGGCAUUGAUGAACCAUGCUGAGAGAGUGCAUGGGACCGUAUCACGUCGGCCGUUGUCUGCCCUUGGCCCGAUUUAG